AUGCUGAAUAAUGAUCCAAUCAUCACGCUGAUUGAAUCAUUUCACGAACUCAAUCCUAACCUCGUGGAGGAGCUGCCCGCGGAGCCGAAUGCGCUGGAAUUCAUGCGUCGAGUCGGUCAGAACCAGCCAUUUGUUGUACGACAAGCUGCGAAACAAUGGGGUGCUGUCGCCAAGUGGAAUGCCAGCUAUCUUCGUCGAGUACUGCAUGGGAAGAAGGUGCGAGUGGCAACGACACCAAAUGGCAAUGCAGAUGCCGUGGUAGCGAGUGCAGACGGCACGUUGAUGUUCGCAGAGCCACAUGAGACUGAGGAGGACUUUGGCGCUUUCCUGGACUACGUGCAACAAGACCCAGGCCAUUCAUCGUCAAGAAACGUCAAAUAUGCUCAGCCUCAAAACGACAGUUUACGGACGGAGUACUCCGCUCUGUUCGGCGAUGUUCCUCCGGACAUAGCUUUCGCCAGCGAGGGUCUUGAUCAGGAACCAGACGCAGUGAACUUCUGGCUUGGAAAUGAUCGAUCAACCACAAGCCUCCACAAGGACAACUAUGAGAAUAUCUAUGUACAGAUCCGCGGUCAGAAGAUCUUCACCUUGCUGGCACCUGUCGAAAUGCCAUGUGUUAAUGAGACUAAGCUCCCAUUUGGACGUUAUCGACCUUCUGGUGGUGACGAGCAGGCGUUGGAAGCGUACUUGAAUGCCGAGGGUGAGCCAAUGCCAGUUCCCAUAUGGGAUCCCGAGCAGCCUGAAGAAAGAACGACAGCAUAUUCGAGCCACGCAAGGCCGUUGAGGGUGACAGUCAACGAAGGUGACAUGUUGUACUUGCCGGCAAUGUGGUAUCACAAAGUGAGCCAGGGAAAUGGAGCCGAGGGAUUCUCCUGCUCGGUGAACUACUGGUAUGACAUGAACUUUGGAGGAAGCUUCUGGUCGAGCAAUGCAUUCCUACGGGAUGUGAUGAAUACCAAAGCACAAGAAGUACCGUACCCGAGACUGGAGCUCAGCAGCGAUGAUUGA